AUGUCUACUGCUGGAAAUACGCAACAAUUACAGCAGGAUUUACAGAAUGAAUUGACAACUGCAAACCAACUCUUGAGACUUAUAACAAUUGAACUACAAAAGAUAAAAAAAAUUACCAAUCCAGGUGGCGAAUUAGAAACAAAUAUUAAAGAGAAUACUGCAAUAAUGGCUACACUAGCAAAUAUGCAACAUAUUAAUAUAUCUAACUUACCUCCAUUGAAACAUACGGAAUUAGAUAUGACACAACAGACAACACAGAAUAUGUCCUACCAACAACACGACAGUUUCAGAAGUAUGGAUGAAUGA